AUGUCUGGUUGUGGAAAGGGAGGCAAAGUUCUAGGAAAGGGCGAAGCGAAACGACAUCGUAAGGUACUGAGGGACAACAUUCAAGGGAUCACCAGGCCUACGAUUCGGAGGCUGGCUAGGAAGGGAGGAGUGAAGAGGAUAAGUGGUCUGAUCUAUGAAGAGACCAGAGGGGUGCUUAAGAUUUUCUUGGAGAAUGUGAUUCGUGAUGGUGUGACCUACACUGAGCAUGCUAGGAGAAAGACGGUGACUGCCAUGGAUGUGGUCUAUGCUUUGAAGAGGCAGGGCAGGACUCUUUAUGGGUUCGUUAUUCGGUCGCCUGUCUACUGCUUGCAGGUUUUUGGACUUUGGACACACGCGCCUGCGCACAAGCAGAUAUCCACAUACAGGGAGCAACACUGUGUCUGUGUGUGUGAGAGAGAGAUGUGCACGCUAGAGAAGCGAGGCAACAUCUUCAUCCUAACCCUAACCGGCAACGAUGAGCACCGGUUAAACCCUACCCUAAUCGACUCCAUCAGAGCCGCUCUCCAGCGAGUCCGAUCCCAAGCGAAUGGUCCAUCAGCUCUAAUCACCACGGCGCAAGGCAAAUUCUUCUCCAAUGGCUACGACCUCGCAUGGGCCCUAUCCGACAAAUCUCGCCUCAAAGUCAUGUCCUCCAAGCUCCGAUCUCUCGCCUCCGACCUAAUCACACUUCCGAUGCCCACCAUAGCCGCCGUCACCGGCCACGCCUCCGCCGCUGGCUUCGUUUUGGCUCUGAGCCACGACUACAUUCUAAUGCGCAAAGAUAGAGGGUUUCUCUACAUGAGUGAGCUAGAUAUUGGGUAUAAAGUUCCGGCUUGGUUCAUGGUUCUGUUGAAGUGCAAGGCCGGGUCGCCGGCGGCUUGGCGGGAGGUGGUGUUGAAGGCGGCUAAGUUGAGGGCUGAUGUGGCGGUUGAGAUGGGAAUUGUUGAUUCGGCACAUGAUAACCCGGCUGAGACGGUGGUGGCUGCGGUGAAGUUGGGGGAGGAUCUGGUGUUGAGGAAGUGGGAUGGACAUGUUUAUGGUGAGAAUAGGAAGACUAUGCUUGCUGACGUGUUGGCUAAGCUUGGUUUUGAUGAGACUGUGGAGGGAAGAUUCACCUGUGGGUACCUUCCGACCACGUCCUCGACAACUUUUCCAAUACCGUCAUUACAGGUAUGA